UAAUAUUUUGUUCAUUUUCAAAUUAUUUCAAUGUGUUGAUUUUUGUUGCAUGUAGAUCUAUCAUUGCCGAAGAUAAACUCUUCGCUUAGAUUCUCCGAGAAGCCACAAAUAAGGCUUGGUUGUGAGUCGGAAAAUGGCGUUAAAGUUGAACCUUUGACUAUUUUUUAUGAUGGGAAGAUUGUGGUUUAUGAUGUAUCCAUUGAGAAGGCAACAAAUAUUCUUAAGUUUGUAGAAAGAGAUGCAAUUUCAUCUAAAAAGGAAUUUUCCAUGGAAUCAUUAAGCGGAGAUCUUCAUUUGGCUAAGAGAAACUUUAUGCAUGGAGUUUUGGAGAAUCGAAAUGAGAGGUUUUGUCCUCCGGGAUUCGAAGACAUAAAAAUUGCGCCUCUGAGUAUCAUCUACAAUGGAAAACUUGCGAUUUUCGAUGUCCGGAGUUACAAGGUGGAUGAAAUUCUAAAGUUCGCAGAAUCGUCAAAACAACAAACCUUAAGCCAAGAUGUAUUGACAACGAGAAAAUCCUCAGUUAGAUUCUUGGAGAAGCGACAAGAGAGGAUGACUAUGGUGUCACCUUAUGGUUUUCCCCAUGCUGCCCCUGAAAAUAAGAAAUAGAAGAAGAUAUUAGUGGUAUACAUAUAUCAUAUAUGAAUGUUUAUGGAAAAUAUUUAUUUUGAGGAUUUGGUUAUUAUUUUACUAGAGUUUAUUAUGUUGCUAAGAUGUUAAUUUUACCAAUCAAAACUAUAACAUAAAACUUGCAUUGUC